UAUUCUGGCCGGAGCAUCGAUUUGCUCUCCCCUUUAUUGGACGACUGGCUGACUGAAUAGCUAGCUAAACAAACAAGGGGACGUUGUGAAUGGAUCGGAAUGAAUAGCAUUUUAGAAACGCAGCCAAACGGUAACGUCGGCGAUUUUAAUUCGUCUAGUUUCCAGACUAGCUACACAAUUUAUUACAUUUAAUUUCAGCAGCGUAGGCUGGGAGGAGCUGAACCACAGACUUUACUGAAGAGCCCUGUUGCCCAUAUCUGGAUCUGCACACUUCCAGUAGGGUCACCAGGAGUUAGACCCGUCUCAGGUGGUCGGAGGUCCCUGGGAUGCGCGCCCAGCUGUGAGCCCCUGCAGUGGAGCAGAGAGGUCCCAGGACGGGGGGCGACGCUGCCAUGCUGCCAGGGGUGGGGGUGUUCGGGACGGGCAGCACCGCCCGGGUGCUGGUGCCCCUGCUGAGGGGCGAGGGUUUCGUGGUGCAGGCGGUGUGGGGGCGCACGGAGGAGGAGGCCAGGACGCUGUCCCAGGAGCUGGGGAUCCCCUUCUACACCAGCCACACCGACGACGUGCUGCUGCACCCCGACGUGGACCUGGUGUGCAUCAACAUCCCCCCACCCCUCACGCGCCAGAUCGCCGUUAAAGCCCUGGGCAUCGGCAAGAACGUGAUCUGCGAGAAGGCUGCCACGUCGGCGGACGCCUUCAAGAUGGUGACGGCGUCGCGGUACUACCCGCAGCUGAUGAGCCUGACGGGCAGCGUGCUGCGCUUCCUCCCGGCGUUCGCGCACAUGAAGCGGCUCCUGGAGGAGGGCUACGCGGGCGAGGUGCAGGUGUGCGACGCGCGCGUGUACUGGGGCAGCCUGCUCAGCGACACCUACAGCUGGACCUGCGACGAGCUGAUGGGCGGCGGCGGGCUGCACGCCAUGGGCUCCUACAUCGUGGACCUGCUGAGUCACCUGACCGGCCGGAGGGCGGCCCGCGUGCACGGCCUGCUCCGCACCUUCGUGCGGCAGAACGGGGCCAUCCGCGGGAUCCGCCGCGUCACCAGCGACGACUUCUGCUUCUUCCAGAUGCUGAUGGGCGGGGGCGGGGGCGGCGGGGGCGGCGUGUGCUGCACCGUCACGCUCAACUUCAACAUGCCCGGGGCCUUCGUGCACGAGGUCAUGGUGGUGGGCUCGGCCGGGCGGCUGGUCGCCCGGGGGACGGAGCUCUACGGGCAGCGGAACGGGGCCCCGGAGGAGGAGCUGCUGCUGCCGGACCCCUCGGGCCAGGGGCCGGCCGGGGCGUGGCCGGGGCCGGAGAAGGGGCUGCGGGACAUCCCCCUGCCCUACCUGAAGGGCAUGGCCUGCAUGGUGCGGGCCCUGCGCGAGGCCUUCCUGGGCCAGGAGGACCGGCGCAGCUGGGACCUGAAGCCCGUGGCCACGGCCGCCACCUUCGAGGACGGGCUCUACGUGCAGACUGUGGUGGACGCCAUCAAGAAGUCCAGCCGCUCGGGAGAGUGGGAGCGCGUGGAGGUGAUGACCGAGGAGCCCGACGCCAACCACAACCUGUGUGAGGCGCUGCAGAGAAACAACCCCUGAGCGGGGAGGCAGCGAUCCCAUUGGGUUACCCACCACCCACCAGGACACUGCUGCAGGAGCGGCUGCCCCCACCAUGGUCCUCUGCUCUGAAUAAGUCAUUGCACAUAUGAGUGAUUACAGAUGCUAAACUGUAAAUGUGUUUCCUGCUUUACUUUGAUUAACAUUUUUUAUUUAUUUAGGUGUACCCUUACCCCUGUUUCACUGAAACCAAGGGUGUGUGAAAAUACUGCAAUAAAAACAUGCCUGGACUGCGAUAGGUGCCAUUGUACUGUAGUGUGUAACUGACCCACUUACAGUGGAGACUCAGGACAAUUAAUUUAUUAUUAUUAUUAUUAUAAUUAUUAUGUUGCAGUUUCUGGAGUUCCUUUCUGUGCAUUUGCACCUUACUGAAACACAAGCCCCAUGUAAUGCAACGGUGGCCAUUUUUUCCCCCUUGUUCCUGCCAACUUCCAGCAAAUCUAGGUCAGCUGUAAAUUGCAGAAGAAUCCCAUGAAUGCCAUAAUUCUCCGCGGGGCCAGUGUUCCUGGGUCUCAGUGAUUUCUGUGACCGCCCUACCGCUCUGCUAUGUUGAAGUAAAUGUGAAUAUCUUGCCUUACCCAAAGAGUACUGGGGGCUAGGGACCAGUCCCCUAGUCCCAAUCCUUUAGCAUCUCCAUACUCUAUUACAUGUCUUUGAGUCUGUGAGAGUGGGCUUCAGAGUUGGGUGGGAACUGAAGGGAUGGCCUACUGCAUCAGAGCUACUGAAUUGUGUAUAUAUUUUUUUCUUUACAAGGGCAAGGGUUGUAUGUGUAACUUGUGAACUUAGCUGUACAAUGUUUGUUGUUUUGCCUUCUUUUUACAACUGUAUUUCUGCUGUUAGUCGACCUGCUGAGUUUGAGUUUGGCUCGUUUCCUUGGAGCAGCGCUUCUCUGGAUCCAGUUUGGCAGCUGACGGGAACCUGUGGGAAAGAGACGCCCACAUCGGAUGGGAGGAAGCUUUGCAGCCUUUUCUAGAACUUUCCGGAGUAAUUCCCUUGUGUGGUGGCUGGCCUGCUGCAGAAAGGCUGUCCAUGCAUCUCCCAGAUGGGUGCUACACUUUGGAGUUCGUAGAGGCGUUUCCCCUUCUGUGUGAAGUGCAGUUUCCUGCUUUACAGUUUAAUUUGCCAGAGACAAGCUUUUUCAAAAAUGCUGAAUUCAGAACUGUGAAGACUCUUUACCCCUUGUGACAGUGAGCUUUUUUACUACUGCUUUCAGCUAUGGAUGGGUACCACUUACUUUAUUGCUGAGUUACUGAUGAGUAACCUUCUUGCUAGCUACUGCUAGCUACAUAAUGCAACCUGGUUGAACCAGAUACAACCUGGUUGUCCUUUGCCUUACAGUGUGCUCCAUAUGAGCCCUCAGAAUAAUCUUAGUUGCUCUUCAGUGCUCCCCGCUGCCAUAUCUGCAAGCUCGAUAGGUUUCACACAGACUUGCUGCCAUGGUUACUGUACCAGCAACCUUGCUGAAUCUGCCUCUUCCAUAGCUUCUGUGAGUGCAGAGGAAACUUUUGGAAAUGUUUCAUUUUUAGCUUUCUCUGAUAUGGUAUAGGCUACAUAACUUUUUCUAACAGGUACUGUAUUCCUUUCCCAGACCAAAGGUGAUUUGCCAUGCAAGCUCAAUAUCAUAACAAACCUGGAGUAAAAUGGCCUAUCCUGUAAUCUCACCCCGUUUGAAGAAACAGAGGUUUUGUUGUUUUGCCCUUGUUUCUCCAUUGUCAAUUUCCUUACCUCCUACUGUGACAUUGGCAGCUGGUGUGUGAAUGAUUGAGAGUGUUCUCCCCCGUUUUGUUUCCCAUUUAAAACUACAAACUACCUUAAUCACAAAUUGUUGUCAAAGGUUUUUUCCGUGAACCACGUGUGUAUGUGUGGGCUUUUUUUGUACAGGCUUGAUCUUGUGAAUCUCAGUACCCCCCAGUACCUGUGACAGACGCAGUGGUGUGUUUACAGUUUCAAUAUGAGUAACACUUUUCUGUAGCCUGGGUUAAUUUUCCAGUACUGUGAUUGAACUGACAUCAGUUCAGAUCGAGGCAGAUGUUCAUACUGUAUUGAGUAGGAGCACUGACCUACUGUAGGUCACUGACCUACUGUUUGUCUUUUAGGCAGUACUGGAUAAGGUUAGGUUGGAGUCAGAGGACACUUGAUCCUAGAUCAGCUCUCCUCCUCUGAGACACUGUAACUGAAAAUAAGAGCCCAGGAAUUUGUUUUAGAAUGGUAAAGCCCAACGUGAACCUGGGCCAUACACUGAAAGUGAGGGCAGUUCUGGUCUCCGAUGGAUGGGUACUGAGCACACUAGCAUAAUUAGCCAUUUAUAAGGGCAAAAAUAAAUACUGAAAGCAACUUGGCCAGGGAAAUAAGAUAUUGUAUUGCCUUCAAUUUGCAGCGUUUUUAUUUUUUCUAAUAGCACCUGGACACACAGCCAAAUAGGAUUACCAGUCUCCACAAAAUGUGUCAUUUUGUAUAAGGAGAUCAAGCUAUGCUUUUAUUGUACCAGUUGGAAGACGUAUCAAUGACAUUCUUAAAUGUAAAAGUUCUAUAUCAGAGCCAGAAUAAAUUCAAGAGAUUAACCCACAUGCUAUAGACAGCAAGAGUGAGCAAGGACUGGAGUACAUGCUCUGUACAGUAUGAACACUGUAUUUAUUUUACAUUCAUUUUUCAUUUAAAUGUCUCUUCAUGAUCUGUUGUAUUUAAUAAAAUUUAAGGGCAAAAUAUAAUGAGUUGUAAAUAGUUUGUAGAUGGAUAUUUAUUAUUUCUGCCUGGUAGUUUUUAUUGUUCAGUUUUAUUUGGUGUAUUUGGAGUUUCUUUUUUGUGUGUGGUACAGUAAAACCAUACAGUUACUUUGAAUGUAAUGUUCCCACUGAAUAAAUACAUUGUAAUCAA